UAUUUCCGCCGACUCCUUUGAUCAGAGAGAUCCUGGGACUCCAAACGAUGACUCUGACAUUAAAGGUAUGUCUAUAAGAUCUUUGAGACUCAGAGGGAAGGAGGUAUCCCUGAGGGAAGAUCUCUGACAUUUGACAGAGGCCAGAGAGCCUAAUACCAGACAAACGGGGAGAGUAGGUGUCCAAUGCAGGCGUUCUCGCCACUGACGAUGGAACUACUUCUUCUCGUUUUGCUAACUGAAGAAUAGCGUGGAACCUCCUGCUUGAGGCGUUCUUGCCCUCAAGGAUGCAGUGGUUUAGGGGUGAUGGCAGGAUUAUUUCCCAGGCCUCACCCUGUUCUUUUGCAUGUUCUGACCUCCAUGCUGUUUGUACUUCAGUUCCAAGCCAGUUGCUCUAGUUCGUCUGUGCCGGUGGCCCCCGCUGGGGUAGUUUUUCUGGUGUCCCGUUCUCUUCUCCAUCAGAGUAAUCCUCCCAGGCUUGGGUCUUGUGUGCUCUGGUUGCCGUUUUGCCAGACUUGCAGACACAAGAGGAAGCCUGGAUAGCCCUGGCAGUGGUGCAGAGUCGUCACUGCUGAUUUUAGUGUAGCAGGAAUGAGUGGCUACCAGAUGUGUAGAGAUUUGGCAGACACCAAAAUGGAGUGAGCCAGGGGAGGGUAUGGGACCAACAGCUGGGGUUUUAGGCUUUUUUCCUCCUAGUGGAAGACCAAAAGUCUUCACCAGAGGCCAGAACGUGAAGUUAGUAUUCAAGGAAUACAAGUAUGACUUUCCAACGCAAAUUAGAAAUGAAAACCUGGGUGACUGUCCCCCCCCACUUCCUCCCCUCUUCCCUCAAGGAUUUGUGGCAGGCCUGCAGUGAAUGCUAGCACUGUGCUGGGGUGGGGCAUAGUCAGUGAGAUCGAUACAGCUGUUGACCUCAAAGAUUUGAAUGCACCUAAAAAGCUGAUCGUUAAACAGUGACAGUAAAAUAUGAUGAAUGCUGAACGAAGUGAAGUUGCAAGGGCUGUGAGAUCCACCAUCAUCUGUGGAUCCAUCCCCAGUUCAGUCUAGGAGGUUUCAAGAAAGUUACCAGGAAGUAGGGCCAUGUAUGCUAACAUGUGAAGGAGGUGUAAUAGAGAGGUAAGGACGUGGAGGAGGAGUGCUUUAUGAGUAGUCAUUUCAGAGAGAAGAGCGUUUGAAAUUUUAUGAGUCGAAGAGGUUUCUUCUUAGCAAGGUGGUCCUUCCUUGAAAUUCUCAAGAAUGUAAUUCUGCUGACCACAUAAAGUCCCAGGAUUCCCAGCACACACCACACUCGAUGACCCCAUCAAAUGCUACAGCCCCCACGUCUUCCACACCCUCCCAUGGCCAAACUACUGCCCCAGAGCCCACACCUGCUCAGAAGACUCCAGCCAAAGUAGUGUAUGUGUUUUCUACUGAGAUGGCCAAUAAAGCUGCAGAAGCUGUGUUGAAGGGCCAGGUUGAAACUAUCGUCUCUUUCCACAUCCAGAACAUUUCUAACAGCAAGACAGAGAGAAGCACAGCCCCUCUGAACACACAGAUAUCCGCCCUUCGGAACGAUCCGAAACCUCUCCCGCAACAGCCCCCAGUUCCAGCCAACCAGGACCAGAAUUCUUCCCAGAAUGCCAGAGUGCAGCCAACACCACCCGUUCCGGCACCAGCACCCAAGCCUGCUGCACCCCUGCGUCCCCUGGACCGGGAGAGUCCUGGGGUAGAAAACAAACUGAUUCCUUCCGUAGGAAGUCCUGCCAGCUCCACUCCACUGCCCCCAGAUGGUACCGGGCCCAACUCAACGCCCAACAAUCGGGCAGUGACCCCUGUCUCCCAGGGGAGCAAUAGCUCUUCAGCAGAUCCCAAAGCCCCUCCGCCUCCACCAGUGUCCAGUGGCGAGCCCCCGACCCUGGGAGAGAAUCCCGACGGCCUGUCUCAGGAGCAGCUGGAGCACCGAGAGCGUUCCUUACAAACUCUCCGAGAUAUCCAGCGCAUGCUUUUUCCUGAUGAGAAAGAAUUCGCAGGAGCACAAAGUGGGGGACCCCAGCAGAAUCCCGGGGUAUUAGAUGGGCCUCAGAAAAAACCAGAAGGGCCGAUACAGGCCAUGAUGGCUCAAUCCCAAAGCCUAGGUAAGGGCCCUGGGCCCCGGACAGAUGUGGGAGCUCCGUUUGGCCCUCAAGGACAUAGAGAUGUGCCCUUUUCUCCCGAUGAAAUGGUUCCACCUUCUAUGAACUCCCAGUCUGGGACCAUAGGACCCGACCACCUCGACCAUAUGACUCCCGAGCAGAUCGCGUGGCUAAAACUGCAGCAGGAGUUUUACGAAGAGAAGAGGAGGAAGCAGGAACAAGUGGUUGUCCAGCAGUGUUCCCUCCAGGACAUGAUGGUCCAUCAGCAUGGGCCUCGGGGAGGGGUCCGAGGGCCGCCCCCUCCUUACCAGAUGACCCCUAGUGAAGGCUGGGCACCCGGGGGUGCAGAGCCCUUUUCUGAUGGUAUCAACAUGCCACAUUCUCUGCCCCCGAGGGGCAUGGCUCCCCACCCCAACAUGCCAGGGGGCCAGCUGCGCCUCCCUGGAUUUGCAGGCAUGAUCAACUCUGAAAUGGAAGGGCCGAAUGUCCCCAACCCUGCGGCUAGACCGGGUCUCUCUGGAGUCAGCUGGCCAGAUGAUGUGCCCAAAAUCCCAGACGGUCGAAGUUUUCCUCCUGGCCAGGGCGUCUUCAGUGGUCCUGGCCGAGGGGAACGCUUCCCAAACCCCCAAGGAUUGUCUGAAGAGAUGUUUCAGCAGCAGCUGGCAGAGAAACAGCUGGGUCUCCCCCCAGGGAUGACCAUGGAAGGCAUCAGGCCCAGCGUGGAGAUGAACAGGAUGAUCCCAGGCUCCCAGCGCCACAUGGAGCCUGGGAAUAACCUCAUUUUCCCUCGAAUACCCGUUGAGGGCCCUCUGAGUCCUUCUAGGGGAGACUUUCCGAAAGGGAUGCCCCCGCAGAUGGGCCCUGGUCGGGAACUUGAGUUCGGGAUGGUUCCUAGUGGGAUGAAGGGAGAUGGCAGUCUAACUGUCAACAUGGGAUCCAGCUCUCAGAUGAUACCUCAGAAGAUGAGAGAGGCCGGGGCGGGCCCUGAGGAGAUGCUGAAAUUACGCCCGGGUAGCUCAGACAUGCUGCCUGCUCAGCAGAAGAUGGUGCCGCUGCCAUUCGGUGAGCACCCGCAGCAGGAGUAUGGCAUGGGCCCCAGACCAUUCCUCCCCAUGUCUCAGGGUCCAGGCAGCAACAGUGGCUUGCGGAAUCUCAGAGAACCAAUUGGGCCCGACCAAAGGACUAACAGCCGGCUCAGUCACAUGCCACCACUACCUCUCAACCCCCCCAGUAACCCCGCCAGCCUCAACACGGCGCCUUCAGUGCAGCGCGGCCUGGGGCGGAAGCCCUUGGAUAUAUCUGUGGCAGGCAGCCAGGUGCACUCCCCAGGCAUGAACCCUCUGAAGUCUCCCACGAUGCACCAAGUCCAGUCACCGAUGCUGGGCUCGCCCUCGGGGAACCUCAAGUCCCCCCAGACUCCGUCGCAGCUGGCAGGCAUGCUGGCGGGCCCAGCUGCCGCUGCUUCCAUUAAGUCCCCCCCGGUUUUGGGGUCUGCUGCUGCUUCACCUGUCCACCUCAAGUCUCCAUCACUUCCUGCCCCAUCACCUGGAUGGACCUCUUCUCCAAAACCUCCCCUUCCAAGUCCUGGGAUCCCUCCAAACCAUAAAGCACCCCUCACCAUGGCCUCCCCCGCCAUGCUGGGGAACGUAGAGUCAGGUGGCCCCCCGCCUCCUGCAGCCAGCCAGCCUGCCUCUGUGACUAUCCCUGGAAAUCUUCCCUCUAGUACACCCUACACCAUGCCUCCAGAGCCCACCCUGUCCCAGAACCCACUCUCUAUCAUGAUGUCUCGAAUGUCCAAGUUUGCAAUGCCCAGUUCCACCCCGUUAUACCAUGAUGCCAUCAAGACUGUGGCCAGCUCAGAUGACGACUCCCCUCCAGCUCGUUCUCCCAACUUGCCAUCAAUGAAUAAUAUGCCAGGAAUGGGCAUUAAUACACAGAAUCCUCGAAUUUCAGGUCCAAACCCCGUGGUUCCGAUGCCAACCCUCAGCCCAAUGGGAAUGACCCAGCCACUUUCUCACUCCAAUCAGAUGCCCUCUCCAAAUGCCAUGGGACCCAACAUACCUCCUCAUGGGGUCCCAAUGGGGCCUGGCUUGAUGUCACACAAUCCUAUCAUGGGGCAUGGGUCCCAGGAGCCACCGAUGGUACCUCAAGGACGGAUGGGCUUCCCCCAGGGCUUCCCUCCAGUACAGUCUCCCCCACAGCAGGUUCCGUUCCCUCACAAUGGCCCCAGUGGGGGUCAGGGCAGCUUUCCAGGAGGGAUGGGUUUCCCAGGAGAAGGCCCCCUUGGCCGCCCCAGCAACCUGCCCCAAAGUUCAGCAGAUGCAGCACUUUGCAAGCCUGGAGGCCCCGGGGGUCCUGACUCCUUCACUGUCCUGGGGAACAGCAUGCCUUCAGUGUUCACAGACCCAGAGCUGCAGGAGGUCAUCCGACCUGGAGCCACCGGGAUACCCGAGUUCGAUCUCUCCCGCAUUAUUCCAUCCGAGAAGCCCAGCCAGACGCUGCAGUAUUUCCCUCGAGGGGAAGUCCCAGGCCGUAAACAGCCCCAGGGUCCUGGAGCUGGGUUUUCACACAUGCAGGGGAUGAUGGGCGACCAAGCCCCCAGAAUGGGACUAGUACUACCUGGCAUGGGAGGUCCAGGGCCAGUGGGCACUCCGGACAUCCCUCUUGGUACGGCUCCAUCCAUGCCAGGCCACAACCCCAUGAGACCACCAGCCUUUCUCCAGCAAGGCAUGAUGGGACCUCACCAUCGGAUGAUGUCACCAGCACAAUCGACAAUGCCCGGCCAGCCCACCCUGAUGAGCAAUCCAGCCGCUGCCGUGGGCAUGAUUCCUGGCAAGGAUCGGGGGCCUGCUGGGCUCUACACCCACCCUGGGCCUGUGGGCUCUCCGGGGAUGAUGAUGUCCAUGCAAGGCAUGAUGGGACCCCAACAGAACAUCAUGAUCCCCGCACAGAUGAGGCCCCGGGGCAUGGCUGCUGACGUGGGCAUGGGUGGAUUUGGCCAAGGACCUGGCAACCCAGGAAACAUGAUGUUUUAAGCUGCUAAGAUUGGAUGUGCCGAUCCUUGUCAAGAUGAGAUUCCGGGUCCUGAGAGCUGCUUUGAGGGCGUUCCAGGAGAACUUAGCUGUUGCUCAUGCCGUAGGAGAACAGAGACCCAAGGGCUGCUGUGGGGGAGGGGGGAACUCGAGAAUGUAUGGAUUUACCUGAAAACAAAUUAUUCAUUUAAUCAACAGGUGUGGUUUUUUUAAGAUUUAUUUUUUAAAAAUUAUUUUUGUGGACUUGGGUAUCCCAUGAUGGCACCUACUUUUGCGAAUCUGUAGCCGCGCUUUGAGAAUUGCCAUCGGUCAUGUGUUGCACCGUUCCCCGUGCGUUUACGUCCUUUGGACUGGCUUCUCCCAGGAUUCUUUUCUGGUUUUGUUUGGGUCUUUUUUUGUUUUUGAUGUGGGCUUUAUUUUUGUGUGUACUGUACUAUAUUGUAAAAGGGAUUUUAGCAGAGACUUUAGUCUUUGGGGCCACAGGAGAACAGGCAUGCUGGGCUGUUUACUUGAGGUGGAGAAUCCAUCUUCAGACCUUUGGACUGUUUUCUUUCCACGCCAGUGUACAGACAAACCAAACUAUGACCUCAGAGCAGAGUAUUAAUGAAAAGCACAAAAAAAAAAAAAAAGGAACUAAGUUCAGCGAGGGGUGGGGGGCGGGGGGAGAUUUUUCUUUUUAAAAAUAAUGACGCUUAGGACGUUCGUUUCCAGUUGAAGUGCUCUUCAGCACCGUCUGUCCCCGCACACGCCGACCCACUGGCACACUUCUGUUUUCUCUCCCUGUUGCUGUGUCUCCUCACUUCGGUGUUUCCUUCCCUUGCGCCCCCCCCCCCCACCGCUGGUGACCCUCUGCUUCCCCCUCUUUCCCUUUGGCAGCUGCAAUACACAGUGUUAUUUUGGGGAAAUAAAUCUAGCAAAGCCUCGCCUUGCGUGCCGAGCGCCCUCCCGGCUCUGGGAGGGAAAAGGUCUGUCCUUGGGAUGCUCUCGGAUCUUCUUCCCUUCCUCCUUCUCUUCCCCAUCGUCCCCUUCCCGGCCCACCUUCUUUUCUGUUCUCCUUUUAUUAGGAGUUCCCGAGUGAAUUUUUUUAUUAACGUGGGAGUGGAACAGAUGCUAAAAGCUGUCCAGGAUUUUGUUUCUGUUUGUUUUUAAAGUUUGUGGUUCCUCGCCUCUCCUCCCCCCUCCCAUGCGUAAGACGUUCUGUGUAACCUCCAUUAAAUUUGGUACAAAACCACUCGCCAGAGCUGUGGUGUCAGAAAAAUAAAAUAUAUUGUUUCUUACAAAA